UCUGUGAAUAAAAUGGAGGUAAAAAAGUGCACAUUAAACUUGAACGAAUGUUAAAGCGUAAAACGUUCGAUCAAAGCUUUGGUUUAGUCGAUUUGUUCCGCUGACAGAAGAACCGACUAACGAGCAACAACAGCCAGCGGACGCUAACGAAUCCUGCGCAUCACCACCAAAGCUGAAUGGCACCAUGUCGGACGACGCGUGCAGCGCUGUUGGUCAGACGUCGAUAGACAAGGAGGUGGCUUCAGAAGACUACGAGACGCCGUCCGAGGGUGGAGGCGUCGACGAGCCGCUGAUCAGCGCCGCCGCAACAGCGACGUCAUCGUUGGCGAUGAACCGCGGAGGUCGACCGACCCUGGUCUGCCCGGAGUCAGAAGAACAGCCACCGCCGAGCGACAUUCCCAAAAGCGAUGCUUUCUGCUAUCGUCCCAAGUAUUACUCUUUGAAGCUAGACCGCGAUAUUAAAGAUGACGAGAAGCAGUGGCGAAGUGCCGCAGAUCCGAUGUAUCAUUUUGACCGCUCUUUGGCAGCGGACAAAGAACAACCGACCGAGGGCCGCAGCCCUUCACUGCCAAGAGGCAUUACGCGAGUGGCGAUGGUUCCUCAAAACGUGUGUUUGAAUAGUCAACCUGUAACGAACGGCGACAUGGCUCUUUCGCCGCCGUCUCUAACCAUGAAGACGACUCCUCUUAAGAAGCCCCCCGUCCAUUUCCCCACGUCCCAGCACAACGUAAUCUCUCUGUCUCCGCCUCCAGUGCAGGUCGGAGAGGAGACAGUAAUCAUACGCCUUAAGACUUUUCCGAAGUUGCGCUACCCGAUUGAAGAUCUGUCCUCUUCUAGUGACUCUGAAGACAAAUCGCCGACGACCUCCGUCGCUGCUGAACGCAGACAACCGACGCCCACCUCCACCGGCGCCCUGUUUCGCAGCGAGACACGGUCGAUGAGUCCAGUCAAAUUUCCAAGCUUUGAAGUUCAGGGCAACUCCGUACUUCAAAGCAGGCCGAAGUUUGCCGCUACUCCGCAAGUCAGCGCCCGGCUAAGCUCCGUUACGCGCCAAUUGCCCCCUGUUCCCCCUCUUAAACCGCCGAAAACGCUGAAGCUGAAUCCUAUCUACUACGCAACCUCAAACGAACCUUAUCGUCAACCGGCCGCGACCCCGACCGCAGACUCGGGCUCUCCUGAGGCACCACCGGCCAGAAGAAAAUCUUACGGUGAACAAGUUCUGGAACAGGUUCGAAAAUGCCAGGAUAUUGCCAAAGCUCUGAAAUCGCCGAACAUCGCGCCGUCGAAAGCUCAACGAAUGUUCAAUUUCAGAAAAAGCAGAGUGGCACGAUUGGAGUGCGGAGAAAACACCGGUGUCCAGGACCAGGCAAAUGACGAAACACUUGUCUCGCAGGCUAACAAUGAGAACGGUUCCGUCGAGUUUGCAAAAAGAAUCAGAAAUCCGGCCGGCAAGGUGCAAAACUACCAGAAUAUGGCAGAAGAGUAUGGCGGGGUAGUGACGAACUUGGCAAGGUAA